AUGACAACUAACGCCACCGUAAUCACAAUAACAGCCAGCACUCUAUCAAAUGAAGAAUUGAUCGUUGCCUACUAUUCGUUAAUUUUGAUUAUUGUGGGAACUUUAUUCAAUAUUAUAACAUUCAUUACUCUCUGCCGAUCAGCGUUUAGAAAUAGUAGAGCAAGACCAACAUUUCAUUACAUGCGUGCAAUGGCAAUCUUUGAUAUUUUAAUGUUAUAUGGAUGGAAUCUCGAUCAUUAUCUCGCCAACAUAUAUCAGUUUCAUAUUCUACGUUAUUCCAUAAUAUCCUGCAAAUUUAUUUCAUUUCUCAGCUAUUUUGCAGCUCAAUCAUCAGCUUGGCUUCGUGUCUUUGUCUCUCUUGAUCGGUAUUUAUCAUUGAGUCGUCUUCAUCGAACAUGGUUCGGUCAAUCGAAGAAUGUUCUUAUCAUAAUUACAUGCAUCAUCGGUGUCCUUAUUCUUCUCAACUUUCAUUUUUUUAUUUUUGUUUGCUAUUAUAGAGCAGAUGGUACGAUUAGUGCUUUAUCUUGGCUGUAUGAUGUCUAUCCAAUAUGGGAUUAUGUUAAUUUAGGAGUGUACAAUUGUGCACCAUUAAUAUUAAUGGUUACAUUCAAUUGUGGAGUAAUUUAUUAUUUGCUUCGUCUUAGACGUACCACAACCAUUCAAAAUUCUCGAAUACAACAUCGAUCUAUCUCAAUUACACUAGUCAUUACAACAUUUCUCUUUUUAUUUAUGACUGUACCGUCAACUGUAGCUUUUGCAUUUUUUUCUUCAGCAGAUAUUACUCUUUUACGACUCUUUGACUGUUUACUUUAUUCACAUCAUAUAUUAUCAUUUCCAUUGUAUAUGAUUACAUUUGAUGAAUUUCGACAAGAAUUUUUUGACAUGGUUACAUGGAAGAUAAACAAUCAAAGAAUUACACCGCAAACACCAAAUGAUAACAAACUAUAG